UUCCCAAACCUAUUUGCUUUCUCCCUUGUCCUCCAAGCUCGCAUUCUUCCCCGGCUUCCCUCACUAACGGCAGCUCACUGGCCGGUGCUCUCGCCUCGCCUUAAGUGCCCAUUCCUCAUUGCCUUUCGCAUUGUUCUCCCCGCCCCUACCACAACUUCCCUCCGCGCAGUUCGACACGCCUCCUUCCCCUACCCCUCCGCCCCGGCGCGCGCUCUCCAGCUGGCGACGCCGAGUGAGGCUGAGGCUGGGGGCGAAUCGCCGCAGAGCUGCGUGUCGGCAUCGCACUCUGAUUGGACAGCGGGGAAGCCUGUUAGCUUAUUGGCCCCGCUGAUCCCGCCCCAUAGCGCGGGGCAGCCUUUAACCUUUAGCCCAAGCGGGCGCCAGCCACUCAGAUCGCUUCUUGUUGGUAUAUGCAGCGGCAGUGGCCGCCGGCGGAGCAGUCUGAGCCAGACGAUGAGGCCGGGGACGGGAGCCGAACGUGGAGGCCUCAUGGUGAGUGAAAUGGAGAGCCAUCCUCCCGCGCGGGGUGCUGGGGACGGGGAGCGGAGAUUGUCCGGCUCAAGCCUCUGCUCCAGCUCUUGGGUCUCUGCUGACGGCUUCCUGAGGAGACGGCCCUCGAUGGGGCACCCUGGCAUGCAUUAUGCCCCAAUGGGAAUGCACCCUAUGGGUCAGAGAGCAAAUAUGCCUCCUGUACCUCAUGGAAUGAUGCCGCAAAUGAUGCCCCCAAUGGGAGGACCGCCAAUGGGACAAAUGCCUGGAAUGAUGUCUUCGGUAAUGCCUGGAAUGAUGAUGUCUCAUAUGUCUCAAGCUUCCAUGCAGCCUGCCUUACCGCCAGGAGUAAAUAAUAUGGAUGUAGCAGCAGGUACAACAUCUGGUGCAAAAUCAAUGUGGACUGAACAUAAAUCACCUGAUGGAAGGACUUACUACUACAAUACUGAAACAAAACAGUCUACUUGGGAGAAACCGGAUGAUCUUAAAACACCUGCUGAGCAACUUUUAUCUAAAUGCCCCUGGAAGGAAUACAAAUCUGACUCUGGAAAGCCUUACUAUUACAAUUCUCAAACAAAGGAAUCCCGCUGGGCCAAACCUAAAGAACUUGAGGAUCUUGAAGGAUACCAGAAUACCAUUGUUGCUGGAAGUCUUAUUACAAAAUCAAACCUGCAUGCAAUGAUCAAAGCUGAAGAAAGCAGUAAGCAAGAGGAGUGCACCACAGCAUCAACAGCCCCAGUUCCUACAACAGAAAUUCCGACCACAAUGAGCACCAUGGCUGCUGCAGAAGCAGCAGCUGCUGUCGUUGCAGCAGCCGCCGCUGCCGCAGCAGCCGCCGCUGCAGCCAAUGCCAGUUCUUCCACCUCUGCUUCUAAUACAGUGGGUGGAACUGUUCCGGCUGUUCCUGAGCCUGAAGUUACUUCAAUUGUUGCUACUGUUGUAGAUAAUGAAAACACAGUAACAAUUUCAACUGAGGAACAAGCACAACUUACUAGUACCCCUGCUGUUCAGGAUCAAAGUGUUGAAGUGUCUAGUAAUGCUGGAGAAGAAACAUCAAAGCAGGAAACCUUAGCUGAUUUUACUCCCAAGAAAGAAGAGGAGGAAAGCCAACCAGCAAAAAAAACAUAUACUUGGAAUACAAAGGAGGAGGCAAAGCAAGCAUUUAAAGAAUUAUUGAAAGAAAAGCGGGUACCAUCUAAUGCUUCAUGGGAGCAAGCUAUGAAAAUGAUCAUUAAUGACCCACGAUACAGUGCUUUAGCAAAGUUGAGUGAAAAAAAGCAGGCCUUUAAUGCUUAUAAAGUCCAGACAGAGAAAGAAGAAAAAGAAGAAGCAAGAUCAAAGUACAAAGAGGCUAAGGAAUCCUUUCAGCGUUUUCUUGAAAAUCAUGAGAAAAUGACUUCCACAACCAGAUACAAAAAAGCAGAGCAAAUGUUUGGAGAGAUGGAAGUCUGGAAUGCAAUAUCAGAACGUGAUCGUCUUGAAAUCUAUGAAGAUGUUUUAUUCUUUCUUUCGAAAAAAGAAAAGGAGCAAGCAAAGCAAUUGCGAAAGAGAAAUUGGGAAGCCUUAAAAAACAUACUUGACAACAUGGCUAACGUAACAUACUCAACUACUUGGUCAGAAGCCCAGCAGUAUCUGAUGGAUAAUCCAACUUUUGCAGAAGACGAGGAAUUACAGAACAUGGAUAAAGAAGAUGCAUUAAUUUGCUUUGAAGAACAUAUUCGUGCUUUAGAAAAGGAAGAAGAAGAAGAAAAACAGAAGAGUUUGCUGAGAGAAAGGAGACGACAGCGUAAAAACAGAGAAUCUUUUCAGAUAUUUUUAGAUGAGCUGCAUGAACAUGGACAACUGCAUUCUAUGUCAUCUUGGAUGGAAUUGUAUCCAACAAUUAGUUCUGACAUUAGAUUCACUAAUAUGCUUGGUCAGCCGGUUUUUUCAUUAGGAUCAACUGCACUUGACCUUUUCAAGUUUUAUGUUGAGGAUCUUAAAGCACGUUAUCAUGAUGAGAAGAAGAUAAUAAAAGAUAUUCUAAAGGAUAAAGGAUUUGUAGUUGAAGUAAAUACUACUUUUGAAGACUUUGUGGCAGUAAUCAGUUCAACUAAAAGAUCAACCACACUAGAUGCUGGGAACAUUAAGUUAGCUUUUAAUAGUUUACUAGAAAAGGCAGAAGCCCGUGAACGUGAAAGAGAAAAAGAGGAGGCUCGGAAGAUGAAACGAAAAGAAUCUGCUUUUAAGAGUAUGUUGAAACAAGCUACUCCUCCAAUAGAAUUGGAUGCUGUCUGGGAAGAUAUCCGGGAGAGAUUUGUAAAAGAGCCAGCAUUUGAGGACAUAACUCUAGAGUCUGAAAGAAAACGAAUAUUUAAAGAUUUUAUGCAUGUGCUUGAGCAUGAAUGUCAGCAUCAUCAUUCAAAGAACAAGAAACAUUCUAAAAAAUCUAAAAAACAUCACAGGAAACGUUCCCGUUCUCGAUCGGGGUCAGAUUCAGAUGACGACGACAGCCAUUCAAAGAAAAAAAGACAGCGAUCAGAGUCUCGUUCUGCUUCAGAACAUUCUUCUAGUGCUGAGUCUGAGAGAAGUUACAAGAAGUCAAAAAAACAUAAGAAGAAAAGCAAGAAGAGGAGGCAUAAAUCUGACUCUCCAGAGUCAGAUGCUGAGCGAGAGAAGGAUAAAAAAGAGAAAGACCGGGAAAGCGAAAAAGAGAGAACUAGACAAAGAUCAGAAUCAAAACACAAAUCACCUAAGAAAAAGACUGGAAAGGAUUCUGGUAAUUGGGAUACUUCUGGCAGUGAACUGAGUGAAGGGGAAUUGGAAAAGCGCAGAAGGACCCUUUUGGAGCAACUGGAUGAUGAUCAAUAAAUUAUACCAAAUAUAUGUUUACAGUAUGGUUUAAAGUCUAAUUCAGACCAGGGACUCUAUUUUAAGUUCAAUGGAAAUAACACUGGGUUUUAAUUAUAUCACAGGAGAAAAAAAAAGUGCAUUUAAGUAUUGUUAUUGUGGACUUUAUAAAAGCAAAGGAAAUUGAAAGUAACUUUCGAUUCUGUAUCAAGAAUCAUAUUUUCAUACAGUCAUGUCUUUGUGUCCCUUUCAUAGGGCACCGCAGGAUGGAUUAAAGGUGGCAAUUUACUGAUAACUGCAAAUGUCUCUACUUUGUUCUAAAGUCUAAGUGAUGAGGUGAUUUGAUUUACUUUAUAGAAGUUGGAUUUUGAAGAUAUAGUGAAAAAUUUUUUGAUAUCCAGUAGUACAAAAAAAGCACCAGCAACUGAUAAAAUGGCUUUUUUGUGCACUACCCCAACUGGUUAAAGCUGAUCUUUUAUGGUGAACCCAGAAAUAGGUAUUCUUAAUGGAAACCUGGUAGACCCUUAACAAUAGUGGUGCUAAUGAGCACUGCUGUAAUAAAGCCACCAUUAUUUUUUAUGAAACAUCUGAGUACAUUUUAAAAAGGCUAUUGUGAGGGCAUUAUUUUGAGGUGAUGUUUAAAAAGUUAACAUCAAAUCAAAUUGUAAAUUAGUUUAAAUAUAUUGCCUUAAGGACCUACUAAAGAAUGUGCCACCAAACUUUAAGUGAUAGUUGCAAUAUUCUUGUCUAAAACAAAAAUCAAUGUUGACAAACAUUUCUUUAACAGUUGUCUUUUUUUUUUAAAUCCGAUCUUUCACUUGCUUUUUUUUUCAUUGAGGAAGUCUUUUACCUUCCCUACUCACUGAGAAGUAUUGACUUCGUGGUACACAUUCUAAAGCAUUUCUGAUUUGAAUAUUUUUGUACAUUUUUAUCGAUUAUUAAACCUUCUCUUCUAGUGUGUACUAGUA